CCUCUCUCUCUCUGUUUCCUUCUCUCCCUCUCUCUCUCUCUGUGUCUCUCGCUCUCUGUCUCUCUCUCUCUCUGUUUCCUUCUCUCCCUCUCUCUCUCUGUGUCUCUCUCUCUCUGUCUCUCUCUCUCUCUCUCUCUCUGUGUCUCUCUCUCUUUGUCUCUCUCUCUCUGUCUCUCCCUCUCUCUCUCUCUCUCUCUCUCUCUCUCUCUCUCUCUCUCUCUCUGUGUCUCUCUCUCUCUUUGUCUCUCUCUCUCUGUCUCUCUCUCUCUCUCUCUCUCUCUCUCUCUCUCUCUCUCUCUGUGUCUCUCUCUCCCAUCUACCUUAGAUAUGUCAUCCUCCCCUAUAAGUUGACUUGUUACUUCAUGUUUUAGAGCUGAUCUAAGACCUGUGGAUAAGCUGCAGCUUCUGCCGACAGGUCUCAGGAAAUCACAUGACAGGAAACCGAGAUGGGUGUUGCGUUAUUGAGUCUGUUGUUGAGAACGAAGACACACACACGCAUACACACAAAUUCACCCAUACAUACAUACACACUGCUAACAGGCCUGACUGGACGAGGUCGAAGAGGAGCGGAGUGGAGAGGGUCCAGAGCAAGGGGUUUUUGCAACACUAUGCUAGGAGAGUGGAGAGGCGGGACUAAGCAGACAAGUGUGUGACCCUUCUCUGUGAUUGGUGGACAGAGAUUGAUGGUUGACAGACGGACGGAUAAAGAGAACGAGACAGACAGCAGAGAGGGAGACGGGGAGAGAGAGAUGGCUCACAGUGUCAACUUUGACCUGACUGCUGAACACAUGGAGGCUGGCCUGGAGAGCCCAGCAGAUGAAGAGGGGGUCCAUGACUCCUUUAACCAGCUGAUAGAGGAUCAGAGACAGGAAGCCUUGGAGCUGCAGGAACUACAGAGAGACCUGGACGAGGAGGAACGAGACAGUGUAGCGUACCUGUCCAGCCCUGGUCAGGAGAUAUGGCGUGGGAGCGCGGGGAGGGUGAGGAGGAAGGGGGGACAGUUAGACCCCCUUCUAGAGGAACGCUGGUCCUCCGCCACCCUCAAAGUCCUCUCCUCCAUGCCCAGCCGCACCAUCGGUCGUAGUCGAGGUGCUAUCAUCUCUCAGUACUAUAACAGGACCAUGAAGUUGAGAAGACGCAGACAGAGCAGGCCUUCCAUAAAGGACUUUUCCCGCUCCGCACGGCCCAGUAUCCGUGGUUACGGCAUGGAGACAGACUGCAUGGAGACCGAGGGCGUGGAUGAGGAGGAGCGUAAGCGUGACCAACUGGUCAACAACCUUCAGAACCUCUCUCUGAGUGACCGGGUCAGGAUGCUGCGAGCCAUGCCUCUCUCUGUGGCAGAGAAGAGUGAACUAAGGAGGUUGGCUGACAGGAAGGGUCAACGCUCCAAUCACAGUCAGAUCUCCUGUUGCAGCCAGAUCAAAUAUCACAUCAUCAUCGCUCUGAGACAUAGCUGGUCCAGUUGUCUCUCCUUCCUCGUGGCGCUGAAGAGGGUGAGCGGUCGUUUCGGCACCGGCGUCCUCUCUUACUUCCUGUUCGUCAAGACCCUCCUCUUCUUCAACAUCUUCCUGUUCCUGGUCACGGGUUUGUUGCUGGCCGUGCCCCAGGCAGUACACCCCCCCACAUUAACCCAGGGACACAAAUCCUUCUCUGGGCUGGAGCUGCUCACUGGAGGGGGUUAUUUCUCAGACUCAGUGAUGUACUAUGGUUACUAUAGUAACUCUACCCUGUCUAAGGACUGUAGAGUCACUAGUAGCAGUAUGGAGCAGCAGCCCAGUCCCUCUGUAUCUAGAAGGACAAUGGAAACAGACUGUGGAGUGAAGCCGUCCUACAACAUGCCCCUGGCAUACUUCUUCACCAUAGGACUGGCUUUCUUCAUCACCUGCAUCAUCCUCGUCUACAGCAUGUCCAAGUCGUUCGGUCAGAGUUUCCGUAUAGACAAGUCACACGGUAUCCUGGCGAUGAAGGUGUUCUGUUCCUGGGACUUUAAAGUCAUCAAGAAAACCUCCGUCAAACUCCGGUCUGAAAACAUCUGCAUUCAACUCAGGGUAGGGACACGUAC